GAAUAAACAACAUGAGUUCCAUGGGAUACGUAUUUGUACUGAUGUGCUUUUGGAUUGGUUCGAGUGUCGGUGGUUCCAGAGAUCCCCUUCUUGUGGAGCUCCAAAAUGGACAACUACGGGGACGCGAUAAUGGAAACUACUACAGCUACGAAUCCAUUCCGUAUGCAGAACCUCCUACUGGUGAUCUCCGCUUCGAAGCUCCGGAACCCUAUAGCCGCCAAUGGAAUGAAACCUUUGAUGCCACCCACCCACCUGUGCUGUGCCUGCAAUCGAUAAUAAAUACCACUAUAGGACAGGAGGACUGUCUGACAGUUAGCAUCUACAAGCCCAAGAACUCUAGUCGUGACAGUUUCCCCGUGGUAGCGAAUAUCCAUGGAGGUGCCUUCAGUCGAGGCGGAGCAGUGCAAAAUGGACACGAGAAUGUUAUGCGGGAAGGCAGCUUUAUUCUCGUCAAGAUAAGCUAUCGCCUUGGAGCUCUGGGCUUCGCCAGCACUGGUGAUACUCAUUUACCCGGAAACUAUGGCUUGAAAGACCAGCGCUUGGCCCUCGAUUGGAUAAAGAAGAACAUAGCCCACUUCGGAGGAGAACCGGAGAACAUAGUUGUCCUUGGUCACUCUGCAGGAGGGGCAUCGGUGCAUCUACAGCUUCUACAGGAGGACUUUGGCCAGUUAGCCAGAUCUGCCAUUUCCUUAAGUGGCAACGCCUUAGAUCCUUGGGUCAUCCAGAAAGGAGCUCGUUUCCGAGCCUUCGAACUGGGUCGCAUUCUGGGAUGUGGACAUUUGGAUGACUCUGGGGCCCUGAAGAACUGCCUGAAAUCCAAGCCGGCUAUAGAUAUCGUGACAGCGGUACAUAGUCUGUUAGUCCUCCCAAAAGUUCCCUUCGCUCCUUUCGGUCCUGUGGUGGAGUCUUCUGAAGUUCUCAAUUCUUUUCUAUCACAAAGCCCUGAAGAGAUAAUUAAAAGUGGAAAGUUUGGAAGCGUUCCAUGGAUAGUAAGCUAUGUGACUGAAGAUGGUGGCUACAAUGCUGCCUCGCUAUUGGAGGAAUCCUAUCCAGGAGGGCCUACUCUUAUAGAGAAACUCAAUGAUCGGUGGUUCGACUGGGCUCCGUAUUUACUUUUCUAUAGAGAUGCAAAGAGAACUAUCCAGGAAAUGGAUGACUACUCCAGGAAACUGAGACAAAAGUAUCUUGGGGAUCGGAAGUUUAGCGUGGAAAGCUACUUUGACUUGCAGCAAAUGUUUACGGAUGUCCUUUUCAAGAACAGCACUCAGGAUUCGUUGUUCCUUUAUCGAAAAUACGGCAAAAGUCCUGUUUAUGCUUAUGUCUAUGAUAAUCCUGCUGACAAAGGAGUGGCGCAGGUUCUAACUAAGCGUAGAGACAUACAAUUUGGAACUGUGCAUGGCGACGAUUACUUUUUAAUGUUCGAAAGCGCUUUGAGAGAUUCUCUACGUUCCGAUGAGGAAAAGAUAUCAAAAAACUUCAUUAAAAUGAUAACGAACUUUGCUGUUUUCGAUGAAGGUCCUUUAUCCUUUGGGGACUGCACUUUUCACGAUAAUGUUGGCAGUGAAAAGUUUAAUUUACUUUCGAUAACUCGCACCGGUUGUGAAAAUAAACAAUUUAUAGAAUUUCCUUAAAAUUUGCAAACUUUCUGUAAUGAUU